AUGCUCGGUCCAAGACGACAAUCUGCCGUCCCUUCCAUUCCCCCUUCUCCUUCGUCAUCUCAUCUUCCUCGUCCUAGCUCCCAGACCAGUAAUUAUGGUCACGGGACGAGCAAGAUACAUCAUCAUGAACUACAAGCUUCUGGGAGUAACGAAGGGGAGAGUAGGAACGUGCGGGUCGUGGUCAGAAUACGUCCCGCAGACGCAGACGAUCCGUCAGUCCCACCUCGUUUCAGACAAACACUCGUACACCCCAUAUCGCCCUCUGAACUCCGGGUGGACGUCGAUCCUGCGGCUCUCGCUGGAAACGCGCCUGGAAGUCUCAGUCUGACCGGAGCGGGUAAAAGACAUCCCACUUUUGUAUUCGAUCACGUACUCGACGAGGCCGCGUCCCAAGUCGCGUUGUACGAGUCGACGGCGAAGGAUGUGAUUGAUGAUUUUCUCAAAGGACACAAUGUCACUUUCCUUGCAUAUGGUCAAACCAGUUCUGGAAAGUCUUACUCCAUGGGUACGACUGGAGAACAUAGUGAUUACUCUGGAGCCGAAUUAAAUCCACGAACCGGUCUUAUACCCCGUACCGUUCAAGCCAUCUUCGAGAAAGCUGAAGAGUUACGUAUCGCCGCCGGUCCGGGAGCUAGUUGGGAAUGUCGUUUAUCUUUCCUCGAAUUGUAUAAUGAAGAAAUCAUCGACCUUCUUUCAGGAACAGGGGUUCAGAUCGCCAUCAGAGAAGAAAGGGAUGGUCGUAUCAUAUGGGCUGGGGUGAGAGAAGUGAGAGUGUCAAAUUUGGCGGAGGUAAUGCAGUACCUACAAGAAGGAUCAGAGAGGCGUCAGACUGGAAGCACAAGUAUGAACGCGACAAGUUCGAGAAGUCAUGCCAUCUUUUCCCUCACAAUGAUUCAAAAACGUCCAGUGACCAUGCCCUCCUCCACACCUAGUCCCAUGCGGUCAGAGACACCGACCAAGCUCAAACGUCCGUCAUCAACCAUCGGUUUCCCUCCAGCUCGAUCACCGACGCCGAGUAGUCGAGGACCACCCAGUAGUUUCCAAACCAUCGGUUCUCGAGUGGGAGGAUUAUCACGCCCGAUAUCGAUGCAACUCGCUCCUUCGAAAGAAGAUGAUUUCGUCGUAGUCACCAGUAAAUUUAACAUGGUCGAUCUGGCAGGGUCAGAGAGAUUGAAACGAACCGCAGCACAAGGUGAAAGGAUGAAAGAAGGUAUUUCGAUCAACUCGGGUUUGCUUGCACUCGGUAACGUCAUUUCCACCCUUGCGGAUCCCGUGAAAGCCAAAGGUCACAUACCCUACCGCGAUUCCAAACUCACUCGAAUGCUUCAAGACUCCAUUGGUGGUAACGCUCUCACCACAAUGAUCGCCUGUGUCUCAGGAAUAGAGUACAACAUCGGUGAAACGCUCAACACUAUCAAGUACGCUUCGAGGGCGAGAAAUAUAAAGAAUUCGGCCAAGAUCAAUCAGAUAGAAGUUGGGUGGGACGAUGUGGAGCAUUUGCAAGCGACCGUCCUCAAGCUACGCAAGCAACUCGCUAGUGUAGAAGGUGAGGGCAGAAGCAGUGUACCUGCUUCAGAGGAGAACCAGCGUCAUGCUGAGAAACUACUGGGAAGGCUUGCCGAGCUACAAAGAGAACAUACAGAUCUAUAUGAUCGAUAUUUGCAGAAGUGUAGCGAUAAUAUGCGUCUCACGAACGAACUGCGCACCACCAAACCCGGAGACGGUGACGCUUUAGCCAAGUUCAACGAGACGGUCGAACCUGUCAUUUUGGAGUACGAGAAGGUCGUUGCAGUGCUGAACAAGCAGCUGGACGAUUUGCGGCUGGAAAUUGUCGCUUUGAAUGAUCUGUACGAAGAUCAGGGGAGGCAGCUGCAGGAAGCUCAACAGAGAUUUGCACAAAACGAGACGUACGUGGUGGAACUGCGGAACCGAUUGGCCAAAUUGACUGAGCGCAAUUCCUCCAGCGAGUCCUAUAUCCACGAUAUCGAGGCCAAGCUCAAAGCACACUCGGACAAGGAUGACAAUCACUGUGGUGUCGUCGGCGAUCUUAAAAAGGAAAUAGUCAAGCUGAAGGAGGGAAACGCCAGGCUGGAACAACACACUCUGGAGCUCGAAGCGCGUUUGGCCAAGACAGAUGCUCAUGCAGCAACACUCGUCACUCAAAUCGAACAACAUGAGAAGGAGGCCGAACGACGGGAAGCUUCAUUCCGAGAUCUGGAAUCGCAUAUCGCCCUUCUCGAUACGAGCAAAGACAAUAAACUCUUACUGGAAGAGCUCGAGAAGAAAGACGCUCGUAUUGUUGAAUUGGAGAAAGCGGAGGAAGAACGUAAUGCUACUAUUCCCGUCCUCGUUCACGAUCAACAAAUGUCAGCCAGCAGCGAUGAUGGUCGCGACUUGGCUGAGGAACUAUCUAGCGAGCAAAUGACCCGAGUCCCUUCGACACAGAGCAGCAAGACGUUUGGGAUCAGCCUCGAACCACGUCUCGAGCCGACUCCCUCUCGAGCGCCCAGCAAGACAGUACAAGACCUCACCCCACCUCACAGCCCAGCAGCUCAGGGCAUAGCCGCUAAGGAAGCCGAGCUGGAAGCAUUACGUGACAUGCUUGGAGAAAUGUCCGCCAGGUGUGCAGCGGCCGAAAAUCGAUGCAACGACGCCGAGGGCAAGAUCGCUGAACUUCAGUCGCAAUUGACAGAGGCAAAACUCAUCACCGCGGAACUGGAAGAUUCCGUCGUCACUCCGUCUCUCGCUUCACCCCGAGAGGAUGACAUGACAACAGAGGAUGAAUCGAUGUUGCAGACACCACAGGGUCUGAGUCCAGUGCCGUCUCCUACAAAAGGGGUGAAAGGUUCGAGAAGAGGAUCGAUGCCGAUCUUAACAGGAGCGAAAGUAAAGGAUUUUCGAGGGGGGAGGGGAUACGGAGAAAGAAGUCGACGGCCACAAUCGCUGUCGCAGGAGCUGUCCUCUGCGUCUCUGUCGCAUAUCUCGCCACGUUCUUCAUGGUCCGGGUCUAGCUCGAUGCUACUCGGUGCAUCACCCACCCGACUUGGAGCGAAUGGUUCAUCACCUGACAAAUCUCUGCGGUCUUAUCAGUCCGUAGAGGCCGAAUUGAAAUUUGUCCAUAAAGUGGUUCAAGAACGUGAUGAUGAAUUACGAGAACGUGAGAAUUAUAUCAGAGAACUCGAAGCUCGUCUCCGUGAGACGCGUGAAUUCCCCUCCCCUAACGAAAAUGCCAAUACGAACACUCUUGAGAUCGCUCUUGCCCCUCAAACCCCCGCCAAAAUUUCCCCUCAGCCUAAAGAAUUCCCUCUCCCCGCUAGUCCUCCAACCCCUAUCGUCAAGAUUACCGCCGCAGAUGUGCAAGAAACUAUUCUCAGCUCACCUGUCAUCGAACAGUCUAGUCCGGCUUUAUCAUCAUCCACCUCAGACAAAAGGAUCAAGGUCAACGAUGCCGAGCGAGUGGCGGAACUGCAAGAGAUGAUGGCCGUUAAAGAAGCUUCUCAUCGUGAAGUCAUCGAGCAGCAGUUCAUUCAGAUAGCCGAUCUACAGAAGGCGAACAACAAACUUCGUCAAGAACUUGGAGCCAGUCACCCUGAACUGGCCGAAGAGCUGGAAGAGAUGAAACGCGAGAAAUCUGCGCUUCUCGAAGAACGCACUCAGGCUCUGAGCCAACUCGUCUCUGAGAUUGAAACUCACAAAGCUGCCAUGGAGCGGUUGACGGAGACGACCGAUCGACAAAAGGCGGAACAUGAGGCGGAUAUGGAGAAGGUGCGAGUGAACUUUUCGACAAGUUAUCAACAAAUGCAAGCUAAACAUGCCACCGAGCUGGAACGUUUGAAAGCUGAGCAUGCCAAGGAUCUUGUGGAAAUUGAGGCGCAGACUACACAGGCUGCCGAGGAAGUGCGAGCGAAGCUGCUCCUCCGCACAGCACAUGAGAAGAGUAUCGCUGACUUGGAAGCAUCUCAUCAUCGAGAGCUUGCGGAUCUUCGGUCGUCGCAUGAGACUGCCAUGACCGAUCUACAAAAAGAACAUGAAGAGAAACUUGCUGUCUUACAAGCGGAAAGUGAUGCCAUGGUGGCGGAUAUGGAACAGAUGUUGAAUACCUCUGAGGAUCAAAGACGUCAGCUCAAGAUGAAAGCUGAUCAAACAAUGUUUGAGUUAUCGCGAGUUCGGGAUGAACAUCAAGUUCAACGUAAUAACGAUCUUCGACAGAUAACUGAAUUGAGCAAGUUACGUGGUCAGUACGAAAAGACUAUCUCGGAUCUUCAAGUGGUGAACGCGGAAUUACAGAAGAAAGUGGAUUCAGAACAUCGUCUCAGUCGUAAAGCUUCUGCUUUACCUCCUUCUGGACCUCCCCCAAGCGUCCCACUUCCACCACUUCCAUUCUCACCAGCAUCGUCGAGUGGUUCGUCCCCGAAAGCUCCGAUCGUUUUCGGUUCACCUGUGAUAUCCACGGGUAGGUUGUCAGAGGGCAGUCAUGAUUCUGCAGAAGGGGUGAAUGGGAGUGCGAAUGGACAAGCUAUCCAAAAAGUCGUAGAGGAGAGAGAUGUCAUACUGCAGGAGAAAGAGAACUUGACAAAGAGGUUGGAAGAGGAAGAGAAGAAGUUACAUCUUGCUGAAUCCCGAUUGAAAGAAGAAGAACAGAAAACUGUUAGUCUUACUAGAGAAUUGGCCGAUACACGUAAGACGAAUUCUAGACUCCGAGCUCAUCUUGAAGAAGCGCGUCAAGAGAAUAAACGCACUUCUGACGCUUGUGUGGUUCAUAUGCAAGAGUUGGAGGAACGGAGAGAUAAGAUGCAAAACCUCUCUGAUGAGAGUGCUAGGGGAAGGGAUAGUUUGACGGCUGCCAAUGCUCAGAUUAUGCACUUGAAAGCGGCUUUGGACAAGGCUUCGGAUGCGAAGGUGAACAAGAGGAUGCUCAAGGUGAGUUGGUUCCGCGAGUCUUUUCCACCCCUCCUGCUUGACCUGCUGCGCCCCAGCUCCAAUCAUUCCAAUCUUCCAGUGACUUCUCAUUCCAAAACCAUGCAAGCAAUCCUUUCUUCAUAA